GGGCCCGACAUCCGGGUCCUGAGGGGAGGCCGGGAGCGGGGCCGCAACGCCGCCGCCGCCUCCGAGGAGGCCUCCGUGUCCCGCCGGAGGAAGGCCGAGUACCCCCGGCGGCGGAGGAGCAGCCCCGGGGCCGGGACCCCCGACCACUGCAAGACCACCGACAGCGGAGUCCUUUACACGGAAAAAGCCGUGACAGCUGAUAAAGAUCCCAAGGAGGAGAAAGAGGAGGAAGACGGCCCCCCUGCCGCCUGUCUGGAAGCCCCCGCUGCAGCCCCUCGGCCUAGCCGGGGCUGGCGCAGCAGUAGCAGGACAGCUGUCACACGCCAGCGGGACACAGAGAAUACCCGCAGUUCCAGAUCCAAGACCGGCUCCUUGCAGCUCAUCUGCAAGUCGGAACCUAAUACAGACCAGCUUGAAUACGAAGUCACCGAAGAGCAUCACUCUCCUCCUGGAAUAAGUAGUGAUGAAGAGGAGGAAGAAGAGGAGAUGUUCAUCAGUGAAGAGGAGAUACCCUUUAAAGAUGACCCUAGAGAUGAAACCUAUAAACCCCAUUUAGAAAGGGAAGCCCCAAAGCCGCGGCGGAAAUCAGGGAAGGUGAAAGAAGAGAAGGAGAAGAAGGAAAUUAAAGUAGAAGUGGAGGUGAAAGAAGAGAAUGAAUUUCGAGAGGACGAGGAGCCGCCCAGAAAGAGGGGGAGGAGACGGAAAGAUGAUAAGAGCCCCCGGUUGCCCAAGAGGAGGAAGAAGCCGCCGAUCCAGUACGUCCGUUGUGAGAUGGAAGGCUGCGGGACCGUUCUCGCCCACCCACGCUAUCUACAGCACCACAUCAAAUACCAGCAUUUGCUGAAAAAGAAGUACGUGUGCCCCCAUCCUUCUUGUGGACGUCUGUUCCGACUCCAGAAGCAGCUGCUGCGGCAUGCCAAACAUCACACAGAUCAAAGGGAUUACAUCUGUGAAUACUGCGCCCGGGCCUUCAAGAGCUCCCACAACCUGGCUGUGCACCGGAUGAUCCACACGGGCGAGAAGCCGUUACAGUGCGAGAUCUGCGGGUUCACCUGCCGGCAGAAGGCUUCUCUCAACUGGCACAUGAAGAAGCACGACGCAGACUCCUUCUACCAGUUCUCUUGCAACAUCUGCGGCAAGAAGUUUGAGAAGAAGGACAGUGUGGUGGCCCACAAGGCCAAGAGUCACCCCGAGGUGCUGAUCGCCGAAGCCCUGGCUGCCAAUGCCGGGGCCCUCAUCACCAGCACGGAUAUCCUGGGCGCCCCCCAAGAGCCCUUGGCCCCGCCCACCGACGCUCAGGGCCUCCCCCUGCUUCCGGAGCCCCUGGGGAACCCUGCCCCCGGGGAGUGCCUCCUGCUGAACCCCGACGGGAUGCCCAAGGCCUACUGCGCCGGGGCGGAGCGGGUCAACCUGAUGGCGGACGGGAAGAUCUUUGGCGGAGGCGGCGGCGGCGGGGGGAGCGGCGGGGACGCCGACGGGCUGGUCAUGAACACAGAGAUCCUGGGGGCCACCACAGAGGUUCUCAUCGAAGAUUCGGACUCGGCCGGACCUUAGCGGGCAGGGAAGGCAGGGGCAUCGGGACAGCUUGGACUUUGUAUUUAAAAGGAAAAAAGGAAAAAAAAAAAAUUCAAAAGUUAAACAAAUUUAAAUACUAGUACAAAAAUAACCGAAGGGCCUUCCUGCUCCUCCUGCUCCUCCUCCUCCUCCUCCACAGUGUGGGAUCACAGCGCACGCCGCUCCCCGCUGCCCAAUCCAUCCGUUCACCCAGUGGACCCUUGAUGAUCAGCGACGCCGCCUUCCCCAGAGACGGGACAAAAUACGCAGCUCUCGAAGCAGAGUAAGGGAGACCUCACACCCAACCCGAGCGGGCGGCCUUCCUGCUCUUUGGCCGAUCCCCUCGCCCGUACCCUCCUGUUGGUAUGCUCUGAACUGGCUUCUCAUUUCUGAAACCAGAUUCCUCUCUUUCCCGCCUCCCACCUUCCCCUUUCUCCCCCCGGCCCCGUCUCACCAAGGCCCCCCCCGAGUUCUCUGGCUUCUGUCCAUGGCUGCGCUGUCUCUAGGUCUUAGAUUUUUUUCCCUCCAGGGGCUGGGAGCUUGACUUGGCACUUUAGGGCUGCUCGGCAGGGUGAGCUGUUAAACAGCCCUGGACCCUCGCUUCCCCCUCCCUUCCUCCCUCAGGUUUCUGAAAGGAAGGCUGCCCAGGAAUCCUUCCACCUCCACGUGGCUCUCAAUGGUGCUCGCUCGCUGGGACGUGGGUUUCCCCGGUGUGGGGCGACGAGAGGGGGGGGACGGCGCGGUCCCCUGCACACCUUCCCUCUGUCUCUAAGACGGACAGCCCCCCCGUAUCGGAGAGGUGACCACAAGCGUCCCAGACUAAUGACGGUAAUUUGCACUUUGAACAUGUGUGUUUUUGUGUUGUGGAAACGAGAUUCCUUAUUUAUUGAUGAAAGGUCUGGCUUUUUUUCUUUUUUUUUUUCUUUUUGUUGUAUCUUUACGAGGCUGAGGAAGUUGGAGACUCCUGAACCGGGGUCCUGCCCGCCGAGGGAGUCACCAGGGACCGGGUGUAGCCAGCCUUCCCAAACCCAGCCUUCCGAUUGCAUUGAGGGAGAGCUGGUCUUCAGUGCUAAGAGAAUCACUACAGUAGCCUAGCAGUUGUUUGGAAACAUUUGCAGGGAAGGGGUUAAGAAAAACCUGAAAGAAACUAGGGCUUCUUUGAGUUUUUAGAGCAGUGAGGUCUAGGCUUUUGAAGCGACCGAGAGGAUUGUUUCAGAGUCCGUACUUCAGAAGCCAUUAGGAAUUUCGCUCAUGUCGGCUUCCCCGACGCUCUCUCUUCUCCCCGGCCUCGUCCGCCCAGCUCUUUCUUUUUGUGGUCUCUGCUUUUCUCACUGGCUCAUUCCAACUUCCUGUGGCAGGUUGAUGUCACCAGGGAGGGAGCGUCGUCCUCAGGUGAAUCAACAUCUCUGACAUUUUUAUACCGUUGAGUGGCCGGGAGCUGCCCGCUGCUUUGAGCCUCUUCCCUGUCUUCAAAGUAAGGUUACCUACCAGUUCAGAGGUGCGGGGACGGGAGCGAGGAGGGGUGUAGCGCACCAUUCAGCUCACGCACAAACCUAAACUGUGUGGGGGCCUUUCUGGAUGCCCCCUCUCCUCCCCCAAGCCAAGGCAUAGGUGGCUGUAAUUAAGAACGCACCCGGUGGGGAAGAGUUGGUUGUCCCUUGCUUUAGGAAGCCCGUUAACUCAAAGACUCCGACCCAUUCAGCCCCAAUUUUAGGGACCCGGAGAGGGCAAGUGUCCUUGAGAAAGGCUUGGUUGGGUGCAUCGGCAUUGGAGUCUCAAAGAUUGCCGUGUCCAUUGUCAGAAAAUGCGGUUGUGGUGUUUGGGGCGGGGGAAGGGGAGCCUCGUCGGGAAAGGUGAGGAACGGCCCGUUUUUUCAUGAACACUAAAAAGGCAAAGUCUGUCUUCUAGUAAAGAGAUUUUUUUUUUUCCCCUCUUCAAAGGGUGGCACUAAAAUGUCAUCUCCGAGAAGCAGCUUACGUUACACCUAGUGGCGCCGGCACUAGGCUGCCAGAGAAUGGGGUGGGGAGAGCGCACGGGGCGGUCUCAGAUAUCCCGUCGUUUCCAGAGGGAUGCCCUCCCUUUUCGGCUAGGGGGGGGGGAGGAUAGAAAGUGAAUCGGGAUGGGGGUGGGAGCGCUGUGGAAUGAGCUCUUCCACCACGAGUCUGGCGGGGGGGGUGGUGGCGGAGGAAGGGGGCGUUGGCUUGGAAAGCUGGGAGCCCUGGAAAUGCCACAAGAAGCGACCAUUGAGGUCAGCGGCCAAGUCGCCACCGCCCCCGUAAGUGGCCGUUCUGUCCUCUGGUCAAGCAGCCAUCCAUUCCGCCAGCGUCUUUGCCAUCCACAUGCCUCUCUUACUCUUUACUUUUCCCUCUGGUCACUUCGCUCCCAGCGGUUGAUACUUUUGCAGAUAUCUCUGCCGCCUAGCCAGAGGGGGGAAAUGAGGUACGCUCACCCUCUCCCACGACAGGGAAAGAUCUGCGCGUGCUCCUCCGAGCAUCCCCAACAACUGACUAGGCCUGGCAUGUAGAGAUUUUCUGCUCCUUCUCAUUCCCCGCCUCUCUCCCCUCUGCCACUACUCGCAUGCAGUUUGCUUCAAUAAAUUAUUGUAGUAGUUUGCAAUAAACACUUCUUUUUGUAUUUUUCAUGGGCCUUUUUUUUUUUCCCCCUCCCCUGCUUUUGAGGGGUAAGCGGGCCAAGGGAAAGGAGCAGGGUGUGGUGCUGAGACUAGAUUUCCUCUUCAAUCAUUAAAGCGGUUGAUCGAAUGAACCGAUAACCUGUCCCUUCUCCCCUCUCUGCCUUCCCCUUUUAGUUGCAGCUCAUACUUCAGGUCAACCCCAAAAAGGCUUUCUUGCCCUCAGGUCUGCGGUUCGUAUUUCUGGCGCAGGCACCCGUGAGCCUGUUAAUGGCAACCGUUUCAAGUGCAGGUUUUCAACUCUAGAAGCAGGAGAGCCUGGUUAGAAUGGGGUUUGGAGUUGGUGCAGUGUGCCCUGAUUUGGGGGGAUGAGACACCAUCUCAGCGGGCUUCAGAAAAUGGGUGGAGGAUCGCAGGUGGGGAGCCGAGGGAGGUGCCGGAUUUUGGAGAUGGGCAGCUUUUUCCGGAGAAGACGUUCCAUACCGGCUCGGCGUCCUGCUCCCGGAUCAGGGGGCCCUGGUCUUGAAAUCAAAGCGUCUACCCACCCUCCCUCUUCCUUACUCCAUUCCCCGUAAGCGACGGGUCCGUUUCAAAGAUUUUAAUUUCUUAACUAAGCCUCUCUUGCCUGUUGCCGUGUCCAGGGAUCUUCCUUACUGGGUGGGAGAGACUGGCCGUCCCCUGGACCCUGGUUGAAAAAUUUAUGUUAAAAAAUAAUAAAAGGGAUACUCUGCUUUUCAACUCCAGUUGUUUUCUCUUAAUCUAGGUAAGGCAUAACCAAAAUGUAUAAAGGAAAAAAAAUAAUAAAAGUUGUCUUCGGCGAA